AUGUCGACCUUCCGGCUGGGUGACCAUGUGUGGCUGAGCCCCCUCUCUGCCAACAAGACCGGUGUGGCCAUCGGGUGCAUUGUCAAGGAAACAAAGCCUGGCAAGAUCUUGGUUGAAGAUGAUGAGGGCAAGGAACACUGGAUCCGAGCAGAGGACCUUGACACCCUCAGCCCCAUGCACCCCAACUCGGUGCAAGGCGUGGAUGACAUGAUCCGCCUGGGGGAGCUGAACGAGGCAGGCAUGGUGCACAACCUCCUGAUCCGCUAUCAGAAGCACAAGAUCUAUACCUACACAGGCUCCAUCCUGGUGGCCGUGAACCCAUUCCAGGUGCUGCCCCUCUACACCCCAGAGCAGGCGCAGCUGUAUUACAAUCGCCACAUGGGCGAACUCCCCCCACACGUCUUUGCCAUCGCCAACAACUGCUACUUCAACAUGAAGAGGAACAGAAGGGACCAGUGCUGCAUUAUCAGUGGGGAGUCUGGGGCAGGGAAGACGGAGACCACCAAGCUCAUCCUGCAGUUCCUGGCCACCGUCAGCGGCCAGCAUUCGUGGAUUGAGCAGCAGGUCCUGGAGGCCAAUCCCAUCCUGGAAGCCUUCGGAAAUGCCAAGACAAUCCGAAAUGAUAACUCAAGCCGCUUUGGGAAGUAUAUUGACAUCCACUUCAACCCCAGUGGGGUGAUCGAGGGUGCACGCAUCGAGCAAUUUCUGCUGGAGAAGUCCCGGGUCUGCCGGCAGGCCCCGGAGGAGCGGAACUACCACAUCUUCUACUCCAUGCUCAUGGGGAUGAGCUCUGAGGAGAAGCAGCUGCUGAGCCUGGGGACGCCCUCCGAGUACCACUACCUGACAAUAGGAAACUGCACCUCCUGUGAGGGCCUCAAUGACGCCAAGGACUAUGCCCACGUCCGCUCCGCCAUGAAGAUCCUCAUGUUCUCCGAUUCAGAGAAUUGGGACCUCAGCAAGCUGCUGGCGGCCAUCCUCCACCUGGGCAACGUGGAGUUUAUGGCUGCAGUCUUCGAGAACUUGGAAUCCUCUGAUGUGAUGGACACGCCGGCCUUUCCCACUGCGCUAAAGUUACUGGAGGUGGAGUACCAGGCACUCCAGGACUGUCUGGUCAAGCAUUCCAUCAUCAUCCGAGGGGAGUCUGUCACCAGGCCCUUGAACAUCACCCAGGCCGCAGACCGGAGGGACGCCUUUGCCAAGGGCAUCUAUGGGCACCUCUUCCUGUGGAUUGUCAAGAAGAUCAACACUGCAAUUUUCACUCCACCUGCCCAGGACCCCAAAAAUGUGCGAAGAGCCAUCAGCCUCCUGGACAUAUUUGGCUUUGAAAAUUUCCAGAACAAUAGCUUUGAGCAGCUCUGCAUCAACUUUGCCAACGAGCACCUGCAGCAGUUCUUCGUGCAGCACGUGUUCACCAUGGAGCAGGAGGAGUACCUCUCGGAGAACAUUGCCUGGGACUACAUCCACUACAACGACAAUCGGCCCACCCUGGACCUGCUGGCCCUCAAGCCCAUGAGCAUCAUCUCCCUCCUAGACGAAGAGAGCCACUUCCCACAGGGGACAGAUACCACCAUGCUGCAAAAACUGAACAAUGUCCAUGCCAACAACAAGGCCUUCUUGCAGCCCAGAAACAUCCACGAUGCCAGAUUUGGCAUCGCCCACUUUGCGGGCGAGGUGUACUACCAGACAGAAGGCUUCCUGGAGAAGAAUCGAGACGUGCUGAGCACAGAUAUCCUCACCCUGGUCUACUCCUCCAAAAACAAGUUCCUGAGGGAGAUAUUCAAGCUGGAGUCAGCAGGGACCAAGCUGGGCCAUGGUACCAUCAUCCGGGCAAAGGCAGGGAGCCAGCUCUUCAAGUCUGCAGACUCCAGCAAGCAGCCCUCCACGUUAGCAGGCCAGUUCAAGAAGUCCCUGGACCAGCUGAUGAAAAUCCUGACCAGCUGCCAGCCCUACUUCAUCCGCUGCAUCAAACCCAAUGAGUACAAAAAGCCACUGCUCUUCGACCGCGAGCUGUGCAUCCGGCAACUGCGCUAUUCCGGCAUGAUGGAGACGGUGCACAUCCGCAAGUCGGGCUUCCCCAUCCGGUACACGUUCGAGGAGUUCUCCCGGAGGUUCGGCGUGGUGCUGCCCAACGCUGUGCGCCUGCAGCUUCGAGACAAGGCUCGCCAGAUGACUCUGAGCAUUGCCGAAAUGUGGCUGGGGACAGAGAAAGAAUGGAAAGUGGGAAAGACCAAAAUUUUCCUGAAGGAUAACCAGGACACUCUGCUGGAGGUACAGAGGAGCCAGGCCCUGGACAAGGCAGCAGUCAACAUCCAGAGAGUCCUGCGAGGCUACAAAUGGAGGAGGGAGUUCCUGAGGCAGAGGCGGGCAGCUGUGACCCUCCAGGCUGGAUGGAGAGGCUACUACAGCAGGCGGAACUUCAAGCAGAUCCUCCUGGGUUUUGAGCGCCUGCAGGCCAUUGCCCGGAGCCAGCUGCUGGCAAAGCAGUACCAGACCAUGUGGCAGAGGAUGGUCCAGCUGCAGGCGCUAUGCAGGGGCUACCUUGUGCGCCAGCAAGUCCAGGCCAAGAGGAAGGCAGUGGUGGUCAUACAGGCGCAUGCCAGGGGCAUGGCUGUCCGGCGGAACUUCCGGCAGCAGAAAGCCAGUGGGCCUCUAGCCAUCCCCGCUGAAGAGCAGAAGAGCCAAAGUGCUCUCCCCACCCGGAAACGGCAGUCCAUCUACGACACCGUCACGGACACGGAGAUGGUGGAGCAAGUGUUCGGUUUCCUCCCUUCCGUGGUCGGUGGGCAGGAGGGCCAGGCCCCACAGCGCUUUGAGGACCUGGAAGCAGGGACCCAGAAGCUGCCCGAGGUUGACCUGGACACCGUCCCCAUGGUGGAGGAGUUUGAGGACGACACGGACAGCCUGGCCGAAUACACCUUCCCCAGGUUUGCUGCAACCUACUUCCAGAAAUCGGCCAGCCACACGCACAUCCGGCGGCCCCUGCGCUACCCGCUGCUCUACCAUGAGGAUGAAGCCGACUGCUCGGCCGCCCUGGCCGUGUGGAGCAUCAUCCUGAGGUUCAUGGGUGACCUUCCAGAGCCAGUGCUUUUUGCCAGGAACGGCCUGCAUGGCGGCUCAGUGAUGCGGCAGAUCCACGACACCCUGGGCAGAAAGAACAGCGCCCAGUCUCCACAGCACCGUGGGUCUACACAGAGACCCAGCCGCAGGGACAGAGGGAGCAAGGAUAUCUCCUCCAUGAAGCUAAAGCGGUCCUCCAGGAUCACAGGCCAGGUAACCAGCCAGCUGAAUAUUGGAGAGGAAGCAUUUGAGCCUGAUGGCCCUAUCACAGACCGACCCAUGUCCAACCUGGAGAAGGUGCACUUCAUUGUGGGCUAUGCUAUCCUGCGGCCUAACCUCAGGGAUGAGAUUUACUGCCAGAUCUGCAAGCAGCUGUCAGAGAACUUCAAAACAAGCAGCUUGGCCCGGGGCUGGAUCCUGCUCAGCCUUUGCCUGGGCUGCUUCCCACCCUCCGAGAGGUUCAUGAAGUAUCUGCUGAACUUCAUUGAUAAAGGGCCAGCUGCCUACGGGCCCUUCUGUGCAGAGCGCCUGCGACGCACCUAUGCCAACCGAGUGCGCACGGAGCCCCCCACCUGGCUGGAGCUGCAGGCAGUCAAGUCCAAGAAGCACAUCCCGAUCCAUGUUGUCUUGGUGACUGGAGAGAGCCUGACUGUCAUGGUCGACUCUGCCUCGACAUCUCGGGAAGUCUGCCUACACAUUGCCCACAAGCAGGGCCUCAGCGACCACCUGGGCUUUUCUCUGCAGGUGGCUGUGUACGACAAGUUCUGGUCCCUGGGCAGCGGGCGUGACCACGUGAUGGAUGCGGUCGCCCAGUGUGAGCAGCUGGCCCGGGAGAGGGGCGAGAACGAGCGCCAGGCGCCCUGGCGCAUCUACUUCCGGAAGGAGUUCUUCACCCCCUGGCAUGACUCCCAGGAGGACUCCGUCAGUACCCAGCUCAUUUACCGCCAAGUGCUGCACGGGGUCUGGUCUGGCGAGUACAGCUUUGAGAAGGAGGAAGAGCUGGUGCAGCUGCUGGCCCAGCACUGCUACGUGCAGCUCGGCGCCUCGGCGGGGAGCAAGGCUGUCCAGGAGCUGCUGCCCAGCUGCAUCCCCUCCAAGCUGUACAGGACCAGGCCGCCGGAGAGGUGGGCUAGCCUUGUCACUGCCGCCCACGCCAAGGCACGGUACACCCAGAAGCAGGCAAAGCCACUGGCUGUGCAGGAGCAGGUGGUGGACGCCGCCCGCCUGCAGUGGCCACUGCUCUUCUCCCGGCUCUUUGAGGUCACCACACUCUCCGGCCCCCGGCUGCCCAAGACUCAGCUGAUCUUGGCAGUUAACUGGAAGGGGAUAUACUUCCUGGACCAGAAGGAGAAGAUGCUCCUAGAACUCUCUUUCCCAGAGGUCAUGAGUCUGAUCACCAACAGGGAGGCCCAGGGUGGGCAGAGGCUGGUACUCUCCACGCUGCAUGAAGAGGAGUACGAGUUCAUGUCCCCCAGCAGUGUGGUCAUCGCCGAGCUGGUAGCCAUGUUUCUGGAGGGCUUGAAGGAGAGGUCCGUGUUUGCCAUGGCCCUGCAGGACAGGAAGGCCACAGAUGACACCACCCUCCUGCCCUUCAAGAAGGGGGACCUGCUGAUCCUGACAAAGAAGCAGGGGCUGUUGGCCUCUGAGAACUGGACCCUGGGCCAGAAUGACAGGACAGGCAAGACGGGACUGGUGCCCACGGCCUGCAUCUAUGCCAUCCCAACGGUCACCAAGCCCUCGGCCCAGCUGCUGAGCUUGCUGGCCAUGUCACCGGAGAAGCGGAAGCUGGCAGUCCAGGACGGGCAUCCCCCAGAGCCACUGCCCGAGGAGCAGCCCAAGGACAAGCCACACACCCUGGAGGAAUUCUCCUACGAGUUUUUUAGGGCCCCAGAGAAGGAGACAGUCAGCAGGGCCAUGCUCCCCCUGACCCGGACACGGGGCCACCUGUGGGCCCACUCAUCCGAGCCCCUGCGGCAGCCUCUGCUCAGGCGUGUCCACGCCAACGCCGAGCUCCGGGACCUCGCCUGUCAGAUCUUCAUCGCCAUCCUCAGGUACAUGGGUGACUACCCUUCGCGACAGACCUGGACCUCCGUGGAGCUCACCGACCAGAUCUUCUCGUCGGCCCUCCAAGACUCAGCCCUGCAGGAUGAGGUCUACUGCCAGAUCCUGAAGCAGUUGACACACAACACCAAGAGGUACAGCGAGGAGCGUGGCUGGCAGCUGCUGUGGCUCUGCACCGGCCUCUUCCCGCCCGGCAAGGCCCUGCUGCCCCACGCUCAGAAGUUCAUGGACACGCGGAGGAAGACGCUGCUGGCCCCCGACUGCAGCCGCCGCAUCCAGAGGAUCCUGAGGACGGGGCCCCGGAAGCAGCCCCCACACCCGGUGGAGGUGGAGGCCAUGGAGCAGAACAUCUCCCGCAUCUGCCACAAGAUCUACUUCCCCAACGACACCAGCGAGAUGCUGGAGGUGGGCACCUACAGCCGGGUGCGGGACGUAUGCCAGAGCAUCGUCACCAGGCUGCAGCUGGCCUCCUGGGAAGGCUGCAGCCUCUUCAUCAAGAUCACUGACAAGGUCAUCAGCCAGAAGGAGGGAGACUUCUUCUUUGACUCCUUGCGGCAAGUGUCUGAUUGGGUGAAGAAAAACAAACCCCAGAAAGAAGGGGCCCCCGUGGUGCUCCCCUACCAGGUGUACUUCAUGCGGAAACUGUGGCUCAACGUGACCCCGGGGAAGGACGUAAAUGCAGACACCAUACUUCAUUACCACCAGGAGCUGCCCAAGUACCUCCGUGGGUUCCACAAGUGUGCACGGCAGGAUGCUGUCCACCUGGCAGGCCUCAUCUACAAGGCCCAGUUUGACAAUGACCGGUCCCAGCUAGCUAGUAUCCCCAAGAUCCUGCAGGAACUUGUGCCUGAGAACCUCACACGUCUAAUGUCCUCGGAGGAAUGGAGAAAGAACAUCCUUCUGGCCUAUGACAAGCACAAGGACAAGACAGUACAGGAGGCCAAAGUGGCCUUCCUCAAGUGGAUCUGCCGGUGGCCCACGUUUGGGUCUGCCUUCUUCAAGGUGAAGCAAACCUCGGAGCCCUCCUACCCGGACAUCAUCCUCAUCGCCAUCAACCGGCACGGGGUUCUGCUUAUCCACCCCAAGACCAAGGAACUGCUCACCACCUACCCCUUCACCAAGAUCUCCAGCUGGAGCAGUGGUAGCACCUACUUCCACAUGGCGCUGGGGAGCCUGGCCCGGGGCAGCCGCUUGCUGUGUGAGACCUCUCUGGGCUACAAGAUGGAUGACCUGCUGACCUCGUACGUGCAGCAGCUCCUGAGCACCAUGAACAAGCAGCGGGGCUCCCAGGCCCCAGCCCAGGCCGAUCCUUAG